AUGUCUUACAAAUACAACUCUAUAUAGAGCCUUGAGGAUUAAAAUGAGGAUUUUAUUCCAGAAGAUAACUAAGAGACAUCUAUAAAGAUGGCAUAAUAUAGUAAAAUUAAUAUCGGCGCUUCUGUAAAUAAAGCUUCAGAGGGAAUGUCUCCUAAAAGAUCUAUUAAAAGACAAUUUUCUCUGAUUUCUUAAUUACAAUCAGAUUCACCUAUUUAAAAAAGCUUUAAUAGAAAAAAUAUUAAGCACUAAACUACAAAUUCAUUUGUACAAUCUAGGAUUAAAAGACUUGGUAAUUGCUAAUAAAGCUCUUUUCUUAGUUAAAUUGAUUUAGAAUUUAAUAACUCUUCUAACGAAAAAAUAUCCAUUUCAAAUACAUCUCCUACUUCUUCUUAAUUUAGGAAGUAAAGAUAAUAGCCAUCCAACAAACACGUAACUUUCUUCACAGAAUUCUACUAAAAUGCUAUUAUAGAAUAUGUGGAUUGA